AUGCAGCGGGGGCGGGAUGGGCCGCGGCGGCGGAUGAAGAGGCCCCAGUCAACACCGAGUGGAGGACACCGCUUACAGUGGAGUGUCGAUGCGCUGCAGCGGCGCAAUGAUGAUUUGCGGGCGCAGCUGAGGGAGGCGCGGCGUGGAGCGCAGGAGCGCGAGGCCUUGCGGCUGCACAAUGAGGAGUUGCAGUCGCAGUUGGGUGAGGCGCGGCGUGCUGCGGAGGCGUUGGAGGUUGCCCGCCGCUGCGGAAAGGACAGGCAGAGGGAGGUUGAUGAGUUGCGUCGCUCCGAGAAGCGGCUGAAGGACACCUGCGAAGCAUCUAGGGCGAGGGCCGACGCGCUUGCGCAGAAACUGCGUGCAGCCGAAGGUGAGAUCAGUGCGGCACGGACGCGUGAGGAGCUUGUGAACAGAAGACACGCGCUAUCGUACUUGCGGUGA